AUGCAGUCAUUGAACAUCGAUCUUUGUCACUGUGAGCUAGAGGAUGCCUCAGCGCUGGAGUACCUGCCCACAGUGACUAUGCUGGACAUCAGUCAUAACAGACUGCGGCUUCUUCCUCGCCUGUCCCCCACUGCCACCUACUCGCUCUCCAUACUCAUUGCAAAUAAUAACCUGAUUUCUCACAUAAGUGGCUUACACGACAUGAGCAACAUAGAGGAGCUCGACCUUCGGGACAACGUGCUCUGCAUGAACGACGUGUUGUCUCCCAUCGGUGCCUUACCACACUUACGGAUCCUCCAGAUUUCAGGAAACCCUCUUGCCUGGGACAUCAACUACAGGAUUCACACCAUCAGGCUAAUGAAUCCUGCCACUGCAAUCACAAGUGCCAAAUGGUGCCAGGCCCAUUUCUCCUCUGACUUUCCAUCGCCCACGCCAGAGUUUAAGAUGACGGAGCACGGUGCCGAGGGAAUGUCACCUUGGAAGAUUUUAGCAUCUGGGCCAAACAGGGAGGAAGCCCUGAAAUUCUAG